AUGCAGAGGAUGGUGCCUAUCACACGAAAGCUGUCAACGGGUCGCCCAAGCCAUCACAUACCCGCAAUUCCGAUAUUCAUCACGGCGUGGAGGAUUUCUCUAGUCUGGCAUAAUAUUCUUGUCCUUCCCACUGUCCUUGCGGUUUACUGUUAUCGGGAUGUAUGGCCUCUUGCAAACUAUGGUAAAACCCCAAUCGACGUGAAAGGAGGCAAAUUACUAUGGGCAAAGCUUGCAAUUCUGACGAUAACCGCUGAUUCGAUGGAAAAUCCUAGUCCAGAACAAACUUGCUGUUUGAUGCCAAUGAUGUUCUACUCCUUCGUAGAUCCUAUCAUUGGCAUUGCGGCCAAGGUUCCCCACUUGUCUUAUAAUGACCUUCCGCCUCAACCCUACUGUGACCGAUCCAAGCAUCUCAUCAAAUGUGGGUUCCGCAUAGGUUGUAUGGUAUUCGAUGGCACCUUCCGUGAUCUCAUAUCAUUUCCAGCAUGUUGA